UCAAUUUUCAAGUUCAGCCAAUCCUUCUUUUUUUCAAAAGAAAUAUUAAGUACAUGAAAUCACGAGUAAGUCUCUUUCAUUUCUCUAUCAUUAUAGAAAAACCAUCCGUAUUAGAUUCUAUUAUCUAUAGAAUUCGAACCCGAACUCCAUUUAUGAUUCAUUAUUUCGAUCUAAUUGGCCAUUGUUCUUUUUUUUUUUUGAAUAGAUAUUGGAUUUCCGCCUAUCUAUUCUUUAUACCCUUUUAGGAUGAAUUAUGCCUAUUUUCACAUCUAGGAUUUACAUAUACAACAUAUAUCACUGUCAAGAGUGAAUUUUUCUUAGUAUUUGGAUUCAAAAUAAGAAGGAGAUCCAUUUGAUUUUAUUGUAAACUUGCAAAACAAACAUUGGGUUUGGGUUGCGCCAUAUAUAUCAAAGAGUAUACAAUAAUGAUGUAUUUGGAGUAUACAAUAAUGAUGUAUUUGAUGAAUCAAAUACAUGGUCUAAUAAUGAACCAUUUCAUUUUAACAUAACAUUGAAAUUAGUUGAUAAUAUUAGUUGAAUAUUUUUUUUCUUUUUUUUUAUUUUUAUUUUUGUCAAAGGUUUCAUUCAUGCAUAAUCUAUAUCGAGUAGACCUUGUCGUUGUGAGAAUUCUUAAUUCAUGAGUUGUAGGGAGGGACUUAUGUCACCACAAACAGAGACUAAAGCAAGUGUUGGAUUUAAAGCUGGUGUUAAAGAUUACAAAUUGAAUUAUUAUACUCCUGACUACGAAGUCAAAGAUACUGAUAUCUUGGCAGCAUUCCGAGUAACUCCUCAACCUGGAGUUCCGCCCGAAGAAGCAGGGGCUGCGGUAGCUGCCGAAUCUUCUACUGGUACAUGGACAACUGUGUGGACUGAUGGACUUACCAGUCUUGAUCGUUACAAAGGGCGAUGCUACCACAUCGAGGCCGUUGUUGGGGAGGAAAAUCAAUAUAUUGCUUAUGUAGCUUAUCCUUUAGACCUUUUUGAAGAAGGUUCUGUUACUAACAUGUUUACUUCCAUUGUGGGUAAUGUAUUUGGUUUCAAAGCCUUACGAGCUCUACGUCUGGAGGAUCUGCGAAUUCCCACUUCUUAUUCCAAAACUUUCCAAGGCCCGCCUCACGGCAUUCAGGUUGAAAGAGAUAAGUUGAACAAGUAUGGUCGUCCCCUAUUGGGAUGCACUAUUAAACCAAAAUUGGGAUUAUCUGCAAAAAACUACGGUAGAGCGGUUUAUGAAUGUCUACGUGGUGGACUUGAUUUUACCAAAGAUGAUGAAAACGUAAACUCACAACCAUUUAUGCGUUGGAGAGAUCGUUUCUUAUUUUGCACCGAAGCACUUUUUAAAGCGCAGGCCGAAACAGGUGAAAUCAAAGGACAUUACUUGAAUGCUACUGCGGGUACAUGUGAAGAAAUGAUGAAAAGGGCCAUAUGUGCCAGAGAAUUAGGAGUUCCUAUCGUAAUGCAUGACUACUUAACUGGUGGAUUCACUGCAAAUACUAGCUUGGCUCAUUAUUGCCGUGACAACGGCCUACUUCUUCACAUCCAUCGCGCAAUGCAUGCAGUUAUUGAUAGACAGAAAAAUCAUGGUAUGCAUUUCCGUGUACUAGCUAAAGCAUUACGUAUGUCUGGUGGAGAUCAUAUUCACGCCGGUACAGUAGUAGGUAAACUGGAAGGGGAACGUGAGAUGACUUUAGGUUUCGUUGAUUUAUUACGUGAUGAUUAUAUCGAAAAAGACCGAAGUCGCGGUAUUUUCUUCACUCAAGAUUGGGUCUCUAUGCCAGGUGUUCUGCCCGUGGCUUCAGGGGGUAUUCAUGUUUGGCAUAUGCCUGCUCUGACCGAAAUCUUUGGGGAUGAUUCCGUACUACAGUUUGGCGGAGGAACUUUAGGACACCCUUGGGGAAAUGCACCUGGUGCAGUAGCUAAUAGGGUGGCUUUAGAGGCGUGUGUACAAGCUCGUAAUGAGGGACGUGAUCUUGCUCGUGAAGGUAAUGAAAUUAUCCGUGAAGCUAGCAAAUGGAGCCCUGAACUAGCCGCUGCUUGUGAAGUAUGGAAAGAGAUCAAAUUCGAAUUCGAACCAGUAGAUAAGCUAGAUAAAGAGAAAAAGUAAGUGUGCAUAAUUCAGUAAUUCCUGUUUGUUCUCCUAAUUGAUUGCAAUUAAAGUCGGCCCAAUCUUUUCCUAAAAAAAAGAUUGGGCCGAUUGCCGAAUAAAAAAAAAAAGAAUGAGCAUUCUAUACUAUGUAUUUGCAUAUAUCUUUUAUAUGUACAGAUGUACAGAUCUUACCUAUAUAUAUACAAGAUAAGAUCGAAGACUAAACAACUCAAUACUUCUAUUGUUUGUUGUUGGAUCCAUAGGAUUGGAUUAAUUAUGGAUCCUUGGGAUUGGUGGACUUUUUUAUAUCUCCUAGUUUCAGGCCAUAGAUCAAGCCAAGGGAAAGGCUCCUUUACCCAUCCUAUAUAUUGUCUUUUUCGUUCCAUGUUAAAAUAGAAACUUAAUUAUUUGAUUAUACGAGAACAAAUUCUUUAUUCUUUAUUUAUAGAAAUAAACAACUAUCUCUAUUUUCGAUGAGAAUUUGUACAUCACAUGGAAGAAAGCUGUGUCUUUCUAUUUUAAAAUUUAUAAAAAGAUUCUAUCAAUAUAUAUUGAAGUGAUACCUCGGCUUCCCACAAAGGAGAAUCAUUUCUUUCAAUACUUACUCGUUCUUUCAAUACUUACUCGUUAUUAAUUAACAAUCCUAAUGAUUAGGAUUAGAUUCGUAUGCUUAAUUCUGAUAAGAAAUCAAAUAGUGAAAGUAAAAUGAUUAUCCAUCGAAUGUAUUGUAUUUCAUCAAAUAGGGGGUAGAAAGACUCUAUGGGAAAAUGGUGGUUCCGUUCGAUGUUGUCUAACGAGAAGUUAGAACAUAGGUGUGGGCUAAGUAAAUCUAGGUGUGGGCUAAGUAAAUCAAUGGAUAGUCUUGAUGGUAUUGGACAUACCAGUAGAAGUGAACAACCUAUUCUAAACGAUACGAAGAACGAUACGAAGAAAAAGAUUCCUAGUUGGAAUCAUAGUGGUAAUUAUAGUUUCACUAAUGUUGAUUCUUUAUUUGAAAUCAAGGAUAUUUGGAGUUUGAUCUCUGAUGACACUUUUUUAGUUAGGGAUAGUAAUGGUGACAGUUACUCUGUAUAUUUUGAUAUUGAAAAUCAGAUUUUUGAGGUUGACAAUGAUAGUUCUUUUCUGAGUGAACUAGAAAAAAAACUUUCUAGUUAUUUGAGUAGGGGGUCUAAGAAAAAGAAUCACUACUAUUAUCAUUACAUGUAUGAUACUCAAUCUGGUUGGAAUAAUCACAUUAAUAGUUGCAUUGAUAGUUAUCUUCGUUUUGAAGUCAGUAUUAAUAGUUCUAUUUCGGGUAGUACCAACAAUUACAGUGACAGUUACUUUUAUAACUUCAUUUGUACUGAAAAUAGAAAUAGUAGUGAGAGCGGUAGGUCUAGUAAAAGAACUAGAAAAAAUUUCAAUGAUUUCCAUGAAGAGGUGGAAUCCGAUUUCCAUGAAGAAGUAGAAUUCCACGAAGAAGUAGAAUCCGACUUCCAUGAAGAAGUAGAAUCCGAUUUCCAUGAAGAAGUAGAAUUCCACGAAGAAGUAGAAUCCAAUGAUUUCAAUGAAGAAGUAGAAUCUGAUUUCAAUGAAGAAGUGGAAUCCGAUUUCAAUGAAGAAGUGGAAUCCGAUUUCAAUGAAGAAGUGGAAUCCGAUUUCAAUGAAGAAGUGGAAUCCGAUUUCAAUGAAGAAGUAGAAUUCCAUGAAGAAGUAGAAUUCCAUGAAGAAGUAGAAUCCGACUUCCAUGAAGAAGUAGAAUCCAAUGAUUUCAAUAUAAAUCAAAAAUACAAACAUUUAUGGGUUCAAUGCGAAAAUUGUUAUGGAUUAAAUUAUAAAAAUUUUUUAAGUCAAAAAUGAAUAUUUGUGAACAGUGUGGAUAUCAUUUGAAAAUGAGUAGUUCAGAUAGAAUUGAACUUUCGAUUGAUCCCGGAACUUGGGAUCCUCUGGAUAAAGAUAUGAUAUCUAUAGACCCCAUUGAUUUUCGUUCAAAAGAGGAACCUUAUGGAGAUCGUAUCGAUUCUUAUCAAAGAAGGACAGGUUUAGCUGAUGCUAUUCAAACAGGCAUAGGUCAAAUAAAUGGUAUUCCCGUAGCAAUUGGCGUUAUGGAUUUUCAGUUUAUGGGAGGUAGUAUGGGAUCCGUAGUAGGCGAGAAAAUUACUCGUUUGAUCGAGUAUGCUACUAAUCGAUCUCUACCUGUCAUUAUUGUGUGUGCUUCUGGAGGAGCACGCAUGCAAGAAGGAAGUUUGAGCUUGAUGCAAAUGGCUAAAA